GUUCUUGUGUUGUAUGUAUAUGUUUUGUGUAUUAUGCUGUUCAGAUUGUCAGCCUUGAUAUCAUAUUUCUUCGAUCCAAGACUGUGAUAUACUGCAAUAUAAUGUUCCACAGGGGCUGCAUUAGAAAGGAAAGACUGAUUUAUUGUAAAGACAAUAUAGUAUCAAUAUGCUGAAAGUAAAAAUAACUACCCCUGCCAUUCUCUGCUUUUCAGUUGUCAUGCCUGGCUGUGUUGUCUGGGAGCAAAGUAAUCAUUCUAGAACAACCUAUGUGUCAAAAGAAAUAAAACGGUCUGUGGUCUCUUCCAUGGCGUUUGCAAUACUAUCUUCUCUCUGUAGCUGUUGCUUCUUCUUCUCCAGAUUGCUUCCUUGGGUUUUGUAGAAGGUUUAUAUAAAUACUUAUUGAUAGCUGAACUAGCUGAGAAUAAUUAAAGUGGAUCUUUUUCUAAACAAUUACCUACAAAAAAACUUACCAAAAUACAUUGUUAUUUGGUAUUUCAUGUAAUCUACCAAAUAACUUGCAAUAAUACUGAUUUUAGGAAAGCCGUUCAGAGUUUUAGAAAUGAAAAUAUAUACAUGUAUGUCUUUUUUACUGAACAUCUUUGUGUGUUUGGAUAUGUUUGUACACAUCUUUAUCAAUGACCUAGAUAGUGGGAUUGAGGAUGCUUCAUCCUCACUUGAAGACAUUCAGGGCCUGGUUGGAUGGGCUCCAGGUGGCCUGAUCUAGUGCCUGACUUAGUGGCUGGCAGCCCUGCCCAGGAUAGGGGUGUUGGAACUGGAUGAUCUUUAAGGUCCCUUCCAAGCAUUCUGUGAGUACCUCUGGGCCUCCAUGGUGUGUCACUUUAGUCCUUGGCUGUUAGUUUCUAUAAAUCUCUGUAACCUUAUCUUUCUAGCUAUGGAAAAGAGAACAAGGGCUACAUUAAACUACAUAAAUGGGCUUUUUGUUAGUUUGUUAUUGCAGUUUCAGAGGGACUUUCCACUUUCAAAGGGUGUCAAUCUUUUUUUCUCCUUCUAACUGGGAGCCUGUUGUGCGUUUAUACAUAUACAUGUAAUAAAGUUAUUUCACUUUUUUUCCACAACAUUCCAUACAUCAAGAUAAUUUGGGACUGUGGUAAUUCAGCAAAUUUGUAGGCUCUGUAGCAGGGGGACUUGGGAGCCUCAGGUGUUGCAAUAGGAAAAAAUAUACCCACAUAGUAAUACUUGUUCUUGUACUUGCCAAGAGUAAAGAAUAGCUCUUUAGCUGUCAGGCAGCAAUGAGGAGGAGGAAGUCAGAGACUCAAGGAUAUGAAAGAGAGUGAAGGGAAAAAAUGGAUAUCUCAUUUCUUGCUAAUCUCUGAAAAUCCACAUUUUGGGACUCAUUAUGUAUCAAUAAUAUUUUUCUUUAACUUUGGUAGACUGCUGUUGUGGUUUAACCCAGCAGGCGGCUAAGCACCACAGCUGUUCACUCACCUCUUCUUCUUCCCAGUGGGAUAGGGGAAGAGAAUCAGGGAAAAAACAAGUAGAACUUGUGGGUUGAGAUAAAGCUAUUUACUGUUUACUAAGAUAGAGAAAAGGAUAAGGGUAAUAAUUACGACAAAUCUAUCUAUCUGUAUAUAGAGAGAUAUUAUCCUUUUCCAGUGAGCUGCCCUAAUUCUGUUCCCUUACAGCUCCUUGAGCCCUUCACUGAGAAUGGCCUUGGCUCUGUGCGACACUGCUUAGCAGCACCUGUAAACAUUGAUGUGUUAUCAGCAUUGUUUUUCUCCUGGAACCAAAACAUAAUGUCAUACCAAACACUGAAGAAAACAAUUCUCUGUUCCAGUUGAAACUAAGACACUUAAAAAGUUCUCUGGGAUAAAAGCAGUUUUCUCUAAGCUUUCUCCUGGCUGGUAUUUGAAAUUUGCUGCUGAUUUUAGGAGCAUUGAAUUCAGUGACCUAAAUGAAUGUGGCCUGUGAAUUUCUGUUAUGAAAAUAUCAUAAUAUACGUACGAAGGCAAGUUCUUUUCAUUAAUACCUAAUUUUUAUGGCCUCUUCUUUCCAAAAUGACUUCAAUCUGUGGUGUUCAGUCAAAUGAUUAAAAAAAAUAGUUUGGUUUCAGUCGGAAGUUCUGGAACAAUAAUACAUGUUUUGUAUUCUGUGCUCACAUGCAGGAUCGGUACAUUUUUUUCCCUAAAUUUUUUCUUAAUUUUUUCUGAAGUCAGCACUGAGAACUGUUUUCUGAAGAACUAGAAACCACAUUAAGUUCUUCCUCAUUCUCAUAUCAUGCUUGAAUGCAAAGUCAGAUGCACUGUUGUGUAGCUGAUCUUUCCCUCUCUAAAUUAGGUAAUACGCGGUAGAAAAUACAGGCUUCCUAAAAAAGUGAUUUGUGAAUAUCUUCAGUGAAAAACUUCAUCUUUCUUCAGUUUUUCUCAUGGAAAUAUCCUUAAACAUGGGGAGCUAUAUUCAACCAUUACCAUUGCUGAGUUUAUUGAUUGUAAUCUUUCUAUCCAUUAAGAUUACAAGUGAUUGCAAACAUUCUCUUUUGGUUGUCAUAGAAUCAUAGAAUCAAUUGUGUUGGAAAGGACCUUCAAACAUCAUCUAGUCCAAGUCCUCUGCAAUGAACAAGGGCAUCCAAAGCUAGGCGAGGGUGUGCUGAAUACAGUUCAGCAUGUGCAGUUGGGUUCACUAGCAAUGAAUUCAUGGCUUAUUGCAAGGAACCCUAACUAUUUUGUGGUGUUAGGAAGGUGAUUGAGAGACAGGCAAAAAGGGACACUAUGGAGGAAUGGUGGAGUUGAAUGCAACUCCAGAUUUGCACUGCUUAUCAGAACUGGUUGUAAGAGCUGUUGCUUGAGAACAUUAUUUAGAGGUAAAUAUCAGUACUGAAAUUCUUGAGAUACUUUACAUGCUGCUUUCAAGUGAAAGGAAUGACUGCUCAUGGAAAAUAACUUUUCUUUCCUUCAUGUGAUUUCCUUUUGAAUGAAUUUAUGACAGCAUUCCACAGAAACUGUUGGGUUUUUCAAAAAAAUCAAAUGUUUGGGCUGAUUUGAAACCACUCAAUUAACACGGUCAGGGUGCUCUAGGGGUAAUGGUUGCCAUGUAUUCAUACAUUCAGCUUGGGAAAAAAGAUCUGUGAAUCAAAGAUGACAUUAAAAUAAGUUAACAUGGAAUGUUAUUUAAGAAAAAGACAUGUAUUUUUCAAGAGUGCUACAUUUUCACGUGGAAAAAGCUUCUGAAAUUGUCUUUAGCAAAAGUGUAUUUAAAUUUCACAGAAAAAAAUGCAAAUUAAGAGACAGAUGUGGGAAAGAAAGAGGAAAAGGGAGGUAGCAAUGAUGUGUAUGCAAUGCAUACGCAGUAAUGCUUUUCAGAGGACUUUCACUAUGAAGUUCUGUCAGAGAUGCUUCCUGUUCUCAAAUCUGCAAAACAGCCACUCUGAAUUUUAACACAGACACACUUACACACCCGAACAAAUACAGGUUUAUACUCUUCUUAUGCUCUGCAAUUCAGUAUGCAAGGCGGAACAGAAAAGGAAAUAAAGAAGGAUAUGAAGAAGGAAAAUACUGCCAACAAACCACCAGAGAAGCCUAUAAAUGAAAUUUGCAAUGGAAGCUCUUUACUGUUGUCUGAGACAAUUAUUAGAACCAACAGAAAAGGAGAGAGGAACAGACGAAGAAGAUGUCAGGUGGCUUUCAGUUAUUUGCCUCAAAAUGAGGAUGAACUGGAAUUAAAAGUUGGUGACAUUAUUGAAGUUGUGGGAGAGGUAGAAGAGGGCUGGUGGGAAGGUAUCCUUAAUGGAAAGACGGGCAUGUUUCCUUCCAACUUCAUAAAGGAACUGUCUGAUUCUGAUGAUGCUGGAAUAGCACAGGAAGAGCAAGUAAAGCCAAGUCUGAAAGAUACUACAGGCUCUGAGAGUGAUGGUGGAGACUCUGGCAGCACAAAAUCAGAAGGAGCCAAUGGAGGCACGACAAUCCAACCCAAAAAGGUCAAGGGUGUUGGCUUUGGAGAUAUCUUCAAAGACAAACCUAUAAAGCUACGGCCAAGGUCAAUAGAAGUUGAAAAUGACUUUCUCCCAGUAGAUAAGAGUGUUGGGAAGAAAGUACCUCCAGCCACAGCAACUCAGGAGCCAACAAAAACAGAAGUGGACAGCAGAACAAAAACCAAGGAGUAUUGCAAAGUGAUAUUUCCAUACGAAGCACAGAAUGAUGAUGAACUCACAAUCCGAGAAGGUGAUGUCGUCACACUUAUCAGUAAGGAUUGUAUUGAUGUGGGUUGGUGGGAAGGAGAACUGAAUGGCAAACGAGGAGUGUUUCCAGAUAACUUUGUCAAGCUUCUUCCUUCCGAUUUUGAAAAAGAGAGACCGAAGAAACCACCACCUCCAUCAGCUCCUGUCGUCAAACAAGGAUUAGGUACCACAGAUCGAAAACAAGAAGUCAAAAAGGUGCCUCCUGAAAGGCCAGAGUGUCUUCCUAAUCGAACAGAAGAAAAAGAAAGAUCAGAGAGAGAGCAAAAACAGUUAGACUUGCAGAAGCCUUCAGUUCCUGCUAUACCUCCGAAGAAACCACGGCCACCCAAAGCAAACCCUGUGAACAGACCUGGUACCUUGCCUCCAAGAAGGCCAGAAAGACCAGUUGUGCCUGCGACUCAUACAAGGAGUGAUAGUCCAAAAGUGGAAUUAGUGGGGAGUUCGGUAUCCAGUGCGCUGGAGAAAGACUCCUCUGAAAGAAGCAAUGACAUCGACUUGGAAGGUUUUGACUCUGUAGUACCAAUUGCUGAGAAGCUUAAUCAUCCAACUACAACCAGACCAAAAGCUACUGGCAGGCGACCACCCUCCCAGUCUUUCACAUCUUCGUCCCUUUCAAGCCCAGAUUUCUUUGACUCACCAAGUCCUGAAGAAGAGAAAGAAGAACAUGUUUCCAUUACACACAAAACUAUUGAAGUGUCGAGGAAAUCAAGAACUGUUACAAUAUCACAGGUAUUUGAUAAUAAAACUCCGUUGCCUCCAAAACCAGGAGGUUUGGCUAGUGGCAGUAAUGUACAACCAUCUCUAUCCCCUUCACCAUCACCUGGAUUUCAUUCAAUUGCUAUGGGAACAACAGGCCACAGGUCAAAUUCCCCAUCCCUACUUGGUGCAGAAGGAAAGCCAAAGACUGAACACUUGAGCCAGGGUCAGACUGCCCUGGAGGAGCUGAGAACACAAGUUAAGGAGCUAAGAACUAUCAUUGAAACGAUGAAAGACCAGCAAAAAAAAGAAAUUAAGCAGUUGCUGUCUGAAUUGGAUGAAGAAAAGAAGAUCCGUCUACGAUUGCAGAUGGAAGUUAAUGAUAUAAAGAAAGCUCUUCAAUCAAAGUGAAUACUUGAUAGAUGGAAUGUUGCAUUAUUCUACAUGACUGAGACUCAAAUUUAUGCCCCAGCCAAAAUAACUUUGUGCCAAAUGAUUUAAGAAUUGCCUCAGCAUCCCUUUAUCGAAGGAUUAGCACAACCGUUUUUGAUAGCACAACAGAAAUACCAACAGUGAGGAAAAAUCUUCCACACGAAGCGGUGCUGUGUGGCACUGGUUGUGACUGAAAUCAAUCUUCUUGUGCUAAAGGCUCUCUACUUCAAGAUCAUAGGUGAAAUGAAAACUCAGGCAGUUUAGUCCAUAGUGGUACUAUUUUGAUGAUAUUUUUCCAUAAAUAAAGUGUAUUUCAGAUUAUCUGUUUACAAGCU